UACAGCUGCAGCUUGAAGCUGUGAACGGCGUUCUUCGUCUUUAUUCUCGGUUUCCAGAGUUUGUUGUCGCCCUAGGCCACCCGGACAAUGUCAGAACAAUUCAUACCGUCCCCGGUGGUACUCUUGGCACCCACAGCUACGACCACGCCAGUUCCAGAGGAAGAAGAAUACUACUCGUCAUGGUCACUAUUUCUAGUCUGCUUAUUGCUCACUAUCUCUCUAUUGACGUCGUAUUACUUGCAAAUCAAACGUAUACGCGCUAUACAUGAGACUCUGGUGGCGAUAUUGGCUGGAAUGUUCGUCGGGUUGGUGGUCAGGUUGGCUCCGGGGACUAUGAUUCGUGAAAUGCUUACGUUUAAGCAUACCCUAUUCUUCAAUCUGCUCCUACCUCCGAUCAUUCUCAAUUCUGGCUACGAAUUGAAACAGGAGAAUUUCUUCCGUAAUUUUGGCUCAAUCCUGACCUUUGCGUUCUUGGGAACAUUCAUUUCAGCAGUCGGAGUGGGUGUGCUCGUGUACAUUUAUUCGUUCCUUGGUCUAGAGUCUCUGGAAGUGACUCUCAUUGAAUGCCUAAUCUUUGGAUCAACGUUGUCUGCUACGGACCCUGUCACCAUCCUAGCCAUCUUCAACCAGUACAAAGUUGAUCCUAAGCUGUACACAAUCAUCUUUGGAGAGAGUCUGUUAAACGAUGCUGUCAGUAUCGUCAUGUACGAAACGCUGACACAAUUCCAUGGGACGGAAAUCUACAUUUCGUCGAUUUUCCAUGGUAUCGGAAUCUUUUUGCUAUCGUUCAGCGUGUCCAUGGCUCUCGGGGUAGUCUUCGGAUUGGCAAUGUCUCUCGUGCUCAAACAUUCCUCACUGAAUCUCUACCCUGGAAUCGAGUCCUGUCUGGUUGCACUCUCAGCAUACACAUGCUACUUCUUCUCAAAUGGGUUGUCCAUGUCCGGCAUUGUCUCCCUGCUCUUCUGCGGCAUCACAUUGAAACACUACGCCUACCACACGAUGUCCCGUAGGACGCAACGCACCACCAAAUACAUUUUCUCCACACUGGCGCAACUUUCUGAGAACUUUAUCUUCAUCUACCUCGGUCUCUCGCUCUUCACCAGUCCACCUUCCUCAACCAAAGUGACCAACUACGUCAAACCAUUGUUCAUCACCAUCACCACUGUAGCGGUCGUCUUCACACGAUACGCCGCCGUAUUCCCACUCUCCGAGGCCAUCAACUUCUUCCACAAGCAUGCACGAGGUCAACGGUCCGAGGAGCUUCCUCAUUCGUACCAAAUGAUGCUCUUCUGGGCUGGCCUGAGGGGUGCGGUAGGUGUGGCGCUCGCAGCAGGUUUCAAAGGCGAGAAUGCGCAAACUCUAAGGAUUACUGUACUUGUCGUGGUCGUGCUGACAGUGAUUGUGUUUGGGGGUACGACUGCAAGAAUGUUAGAAGUCCUUGGAAUCAGGACCGGCGUGGAAGAUGAUGGAGCUAGUGAUAGUGAAGAUGAAGAGACAAGACCCUGGUACCGAGGCAGACGAAAUGGAAACGGCGGAUUAAGUUCUUGGGCAGAUGAAGAGGAUGGUGGAUACCUCUCGUCACAGCAAGCUGCCUCACUUGGACGUAUGAGCAGAGGUCGGGUAGGCGUACACUACGGCCUCCCUCGGAGUUACAAUCACCAAGCACUAGCACCAACUUCGCCUCUGAACAAUAACGCCAUAUUCUCAGCGGCUUCCUCGGAUUCAUAUGACUCUGACGUCGAAGUGCUGCCUAUGGCAGCAACGUCUCCUCUAGAGCCUCCAUCUCCGAGUGUGAAACGAUUCUCGCGCGACACCAGUGCGCUUCAAGGGUCUGCUAGUGGAAGCGGUGCAGCAGGAACAGCAGAAGAAGGAAAGUGGUUCCAAGCACUGGACGAACGUUACCUCCUACCCCUAUUCUCCAACGCAACUGCAAGUCGCACCUUCCAUGCUCGCAAAGCUCGUCGGAGCUCGGGGCUGGGCUUCACUAGUAGUGGGAGUCGAAUAGACACUCCGGUGGACACAGAUGAGGAAGGAGAAGAUAGUUCCGAAUUGGAUUUGACGACUGCUACACCACAUGCCGUACGGUCCCCAAGAUACCAAUCACCUUCGCCGAUGGCUACAAAUGUGGAUGGUGCUCAAGAAAUUCCGCCAGCAGCUACCAUGGACGAGAGUCGGUUAGAGAGGGGUUUGGCGAGUCCGAUGUUGAGGAGAGAUAAUUUUUUUGCUUUCGUAGGCUAUACUUUCGUUUACUUCACUUCGGACUUGGCUGCAAUAUCCUAUUGACAACAGUGAAAGAACUGACAGGGAGUGAAAUGCGGUUUGGGGAGACUACAGAGCCAGUUGAGCGAGAAUUAGAUGGUUCAUGUCUGCGUUUUCCGUCAUGGGGAACUAUAGAACUAGGACGAGUAUAAAUAAUACAACCUCAAUAGCUGCGACUGCAGCUGAAACCC